GCCUUUGAGCGGAAAAUCUACCUGACUUUCCCCAAAAGCAGAGGGAAUGCUGGACACCUCCAGCAGAAUGUGGCACGCGUUGGGUGCGGCACUGUUGUGGGUGUUCGGCUCUUUCCUUUUCUUCCGUGCGCUGCAGUACGUCGUACGGUGGUAUCUUUUUGGCAAAUGCACCUUCCGGGCUUUCUCAUACUUCGGAAUUAGUGGGAGAAACAGAAAUCAUGACAGUAGCAGAGAUUUAACGGUCAUCCCGCCGAACAAAAAAUGGCGAAUAUCGAACGAAGCCGUAUCGUUAAUCCAUUCUGUAGUAAGUGGAUUGUGGGCUGCCUAUGCUUUGCUAUUCUACCAACGUCUGUUCGACGAUCUCGUGAAUUACCGUUGCCAAGUCGCGGUAGACUUAAUAUACGUUUCAUUCGGUUACCUCUUGCACGAUUUUUUCGAUCUCAUCUUGAAUGAGCAGUCUGCUCGAAUAAUCGAGUUACUGUUUCAUCAUGUUGUUGUCAUUACGGGAUUCGUCGUUACUUUGGUUACCGAAAAAUAUCUUGGAAUAGUAAUAUUCGGGCUUUUAAUGGAACUCAAUUCUAUCUUUCUGCACACUAGGAGUCUUAUGAAUUUGUAUGGUGUGAAGAAGAAAUCGACAUCUUUCCGUCUUGUGGCAUUGCUCAAUAUGGUGACAUUAGCUGUUUUUCGAAUAAGCGUAUCUUUCUACCUCGUUUAUUGGGCGAUAGUUCAAAUCCCAGUCAUUCCAUGGUUGCAUACUAUCCUUACCAUUUUCGUGAUUUUCUCGUUGUUCUGCUCGAAUGCAGUUCUCGCGUACAGGGUCAUGGCCGCGGAUGGCCUUUUUGGACAAUCACGAGCUCGUAAGCCUCCACCACCUGUUAAUAGCACAACAGUUGAUGUCGAAACAGGAGCACGCGAGGAGUAUGCCGACGAGGAAGAGGAUCUACAACACGAAGUCGCGGUACAAACGACAGAUGCCCGCGUUCUUGUCGAUGAUGUCACUCAGACGGUUUCUUAAUCGUUGUGUACAUAGAAUGUGUUGUCCGCGGUGCGGAGCGGCAUUACUGUCUGUAUUUAUCUUGUGAGUCAAUUCUAAUUGAUGGUCUUUAAUGAGCUCUGCAAUUUCUUUUUGAUUGACAUGUUUAUUUUUGUGCUGCAAGCUCACUUGAGCUCGAUCAGUCAGUUUUCUUCGUAGAUCAGUUUUUUGUUGCUACUCCGUAGCUGAGUAUUGUCGGCCUCACUUAUGUGCUUGUUCGUCUUCUUUAGUAAUCAAUUUCACUGUUGUUGUUCUCCAAAAAUCGUUUCUCUCUACCCUACAAGUCCUUGUUGCAUUCAAAAAUGGCUUUGCUUCCUUUUUUAGAAUUCUUUUUGUACUUUAAUUGUUUGGAGUAAUACUGACUGAGCGCUAGCAUAGUUUAUUAUGUCUUAUUAAGUAAUUUCGUAAACGCGAUAAUUUCGAAAACUGUUAAGAAUAAAUGUGGUGAAGGAGAUACC